AAAUGUUAGGUAGAUGCAGCAAACAGUUUCAUAGCAAGUUCAAAGAUUUAGUAAAAUAUGUUUUGAAAGCCUUUCCAUCGCGCUCGCGUCGCUUCCAUCGGUUCCUGGAGCUGAUAUCAGUGUAUCUAGGCAGCCCGAGCCCUCAACACUGUCCACGUAAAGCCAUCGAGGAUCCAAACAUCGUGUCACCACUCAGCCGGCUGUGUUUUGAGGCCAGGGAACUAUAGAUACAUGCAUAGUCACCGAUCCGACAAUAUGCUGCUGAAGCCACAGUGCCAAUUUCACUCCCAGAAGUCCAUGGUUUCGACGCAAGAAAAAUUCCUACCGAAGUAAAAAUCACAAAGGCAGAUGCUCUCGAACUUUACGAGAACAUGGUGCUCAUACGGCGCAUGGAGACUGAAAUCGCGAGUCUGUAUAAGGAGAAGAAGGUGUUUGGGUUCUGCCAUCUCUACGCUGGCACGGAGGCGGUGGGCACUGGCAUAGUCGCGAAUAUGAAGCCGGCUGAUAAUCUAAUCACUUCUUACAGAUGCCAUGCUUUCGCCAUGUUGUUCCAAAACAGACUGAAAAAGAACGGACCGUAUACCGUAAUGUCGGAGCUCGUGGGCAAAGCUGAUGGGAUAUCGGCCGGCAAGGGAGGCUCCAUGCAUAUCUACGUGCCGCCGUAUUUUUAUGGCGGCCAGGGAAUAGUCGGAGGACAGGUGCCACUCGGCAUCGGACUGGGUUUUGGACAUAUGUACUCCGACGACGGGGGCGUAGCCUUCGCCCUGUACGGCGACGGGGCCUCCAAUCAGGGACAGGUAUACGAGUCGUUCAAUAUAGCGGCACUGCUCAAGCUGCCGGUGGUUUUCGUGUGCGAGAAUAACCUAUACGGCAUGGGAACCGCGGCCAAGAGGUCUUCAUCCAGCGUGGAGUACUAUAAGGCGGGCAGGGUUAUCCCUGGGAUCAAGUCCGAUGGCAUGGACGUGAUUACUACUAGGGAGAUAGCCAAGGUAGCGAGCGAAUACAGCCGCGCCGGUAACGGCCCAAUACUCCUCCAAUUCGAAUGUUACCGCUACUUCGGACACUCCAUGUCGGACCCGGGCACGAGUUACCGUACGCGCGAGGAGGUGCAGGAAGUCCGGCAGUCCAGGGACCCCCUUAAUCAGUUAAAAGCUACGCUCGCGGACACACAGCUCGCGACUGAGGAUGAAAUUGAGGAAAUUAACAAGAAUGCAAAGAAACUAUGUGCAGAAGCAAAGAAAGCUGCUGAGGCGGCCCCCGUUCCAGACGUAAAAGAGCUAUAUACAGAUCUAUAUGUCAAAUACCUCGAGGAACCUAGAAGAAGGACAUGUAUUGGGUGACAUUUAUGACACCAUUAUAAUUUUCUGAAUGAGAGAUUAAUCCAGUCAAUACCUCGAUGUGAAAACCCAUUAAAAAGUAUGAUUUGGAUUUGGUCGCAGGCAUGUAGUAAUCAAAAUUUGUUGUAGGUAUUGUAUUCUAAUAUAAAUUGUAUUUUUCAUAUUUAUAGCUUGAACUUUUAUUGAUAUUUUUGGAUGUAUAUUUUUAUAUGAUGUAAGCGAAGUGGUCAUAUUUUGAUAUGUUUUUUUGUAAAUAAAUUAUACAAUGUGAA